AUGAGCCAGGCCGCAGACUCGACUCGCAUCGUGGUGGUGGGGAAGACCGGAGUGGGCAAGAGCAGCACGGCCAACACCGUCCUCGGGAAGAAAGUGUUCCGUGUGUUUGCAUCCCCCAAGUCUGGGACUGCGCAGUGUGAGGCCCAUGUCCAGGAGGUGCUGGGGCGGCAGGUGAAGUGGAUCGACACCCCCGGCCUGUUCGACACAGACCGUCCUGAGAAGGAGAUGAAGCAGGAGAUACUGAAGUGCAUCACUGAGUGCCACCCGGGGCCCCACGUGUUCCUCAUCCUGCUGCCUGUGGGUCGAUACACGGCCCACGAGGAGCAGAUGGUGAACAUGCUCAGGACCUACUUCUCUCAGAACAUGCUGCGCUUCUCCAUCCUGCUCUUCACCCACGGAGACGACCUGGACGACGGGCAGAGCAUCCAGGAGUUUGUGUCCGAGAGCCCGAGUCUGAAGGAGCUGCUGCAGAGCUGUGGGAACCGUGUGCACGUGGUCGACAACAAGCGCUGGGGCGGCGAGCUCGACGGUUACCGAAGCAACCGCCACCAAGUGCGAGCGCUGUUCCAGACCGUGGAGCAGAUGAUGAGCGCUAACACGGGACACUACACCAACAGCCUGUUCCAGCAGCCCCUGGAGGAUCUCCUGUUGAAGGCCUACAGCUACACGGCCGGCGCUCUGCUCCUAGCCUUCUUCGGACGCGCCCUCCUGAGCUAA